CGUUGUUGGUUUUUCGCAGCGCAGACGGUCACCUCCCCCCCUCCCUCGAAAGACCAUCAUCGCCACCGCCAUUGAAGUUCCUUCCUUCCUUCCUUCCUUCCUUUCCCCACCACCAGAAACCCUAAAACCACCAUCCAUCCAUCCUCUGAUCGUCCUCCUUCCAGUGUAUGGUGUAGUGCACACCAUGUUGGGUGAGAGCGCUUCGAUGGACCACGCACCGCCAUGGUCGCUGUUCGGCGAGCCCGGCGCCUUCCCAGAGCCCUACUCCCCCGGGACCUCGCCCGGCUCCGCCCGCGUCCUCACCCUUCCGGUGAGCGGCGUCACCAUCCCUCACGGUCAGAACCAACUUGUUCACGAUGCUUUCGCCGUUGGAGGCGGCGGAGGUUCGCCCGAGCCUGGCGGGUUUCACAAGGACUCGUCCGGCGACGUUCUCGCUGCGCUGCAGCUGCAGCGCUUCCUCCCCUCGAACAACGAGGGCUCGGAGGCCGGCGGCGCGGUCGACGCGUAUUCGUGCGACGAGUUCCGGAUGUACGACUUCAAGGUCAGGCGCUGCGUCCGUGGCCGGAGCCACGACUGGACCGAGUGCCCCUAUGCUCAUCCUGGGGAGAAGGCGAGGCGGAGGGAUCCUCGUAAGUUUCACUAUUCCGGCACGGCUUGCCCGGACUUCCGGAAGGGGAGCUGCAAGCGCGGAGACGCUUGCGAGUUCGCGCACGGCGUGUUCGAGUGCUGGCUUCAUCCUGCGCGCUAUCGUACACAGCCCUGCAAGGAUGGAACCGCCUGCCGCCGGAGGGUGUGUUUCUUCGCCCACACUCCCGAGCAGCUGCGCCUCCUGCCUCAGACACAGCCCGGCCAGGCUCAGACCGUGUCUUCCCCUCGCCUCGCUGCUCAUUCUCUCGGCGACUCCUACGAUGGUUCCCCGCUCCGUCAGGCGCUCGCCGCGGGGCUCGACCUCGAUAGCUAUCUCGCUAAGUCGGCGAUGAUCUCGUCCCCGACCUCCAUCCUAGUCGGCCAUGGAGUCACCUCGCCUCCGGCCAUUUCCCCGCCGUCGUCUCCCUGUGGUUCCCCUCCGCUUUCCCCUGCUGAUGCCUCAAACCCUAACCAUUCUUCCUACAUCUGUGCCUUCUCCCCUCGCCGGACCCUUCCGACGAAUUCAAUGUGCGACAUGCUGGCUUCUCUUCGCAAUCUGCAGAUCAGCAAGGCGAAAACCACGGCAUGGCCGGCGGCACAGUUCUUGAACUCGCCUCGCGGCGCUUCCAGCCUUCGUCCGGGGCACAGCAGCCUGCCGGCGACUCCUACCGGCUGGGCUGCGGCGCCUGAUAUCUGGGAUUGUAAGUUUGGCCCCGCCGGUUGCGGCGGACUCGGUUUGGACCUGGAGGAGGAGGAGCCCGCGGAGAGGGUGGAGUCUGGUCGGGACGUGCGGGCGAAAAUGUUCGCGAGGCUCAGCAAGCAGAAUUCCCUGGAGCGUCCGGAGACGCCGGACGUCGGUUGGGUCUCCGAGCUCGUCAAGAGAGGAGCAAGAUGGUAAAUUGCCCGUUUCGGUAGGGGCUGCCGGGAAAGGGGAAAGGAGGAGCAGCGGCAGCGGAACUGUCUUAUCUUUAUUCACGUUUUUGGUCCUUCAUUUUGUUUCCUUUUGUGCCCUUGUGUAUUCCGAAAUGAUCUUAUGAUUCCAUUGGCAACCCUUCUCCCUUUUUUUUUUUCUUCUUUUUUAAAUGUGUAAUGUAAUUAUGUAAUCGAACGCAUUUUCCUGAGUAGAAUGAAAGUGAUUUAUGGCAUUAUUAUUUUUCUUUUCA